UUGGUUGAGCUCGGCAACCCUGCGAAAUGUUUUGAAGAUUUAGAACAAAACAUUGGAUAAUAUAUUUCACACAAAAUGAUGACAGAGUCUUUACACAGUGAGUCGGGUGUGGACCGACAAAAUAUAAUGCGAUUGAGAAUCAACAGAAUUGCUCUGGUGCAGGAACUCAGAACUGAACAUAUCAUUAACUAUUUACUGCAGACAGGACUAAUAUCUGAAUUUGACCGUGAACGCAUAGACAGAGGAACAACACCAGCAGACAAAGCUAGGAGACUCGUAGACAUUGUAACAACUAAAACACAUGUACCAGACUGGUAUAACAUAUUUAGACAAUCUAUCUUAUCACCAGAGGGAGCUAAUGCUGAGACAAAGAAGCGAUAUCGCUCACUCGUAGAGUUCCUCGAUAACACUGUCAUUCACCGUCCAGUAUCUCAAUCCUCAAAAUUCAGCGGUAGUUCCACAGCCUCCAUGAAACUGCCACAUUACGAACCACUGCCAGAAAUCUCCAACUCAGAUCAACAGAAGGGAAGGACCAGGGCUGAGGGCCGUAACUAUACCAAGAAAAGACUGGAGGAGGAGUUAAUGAUGGAGAAGGGGGCCAGAGAUAACGCACCAGAAAGAGAUGACAAAGGAUUGGUCAGCCGUGACAAACCACACACCACCAUGACAUUGGUCAAAGGAUUCUUCCAGCAGUGGGUGGCGACCCCUGACAACUUCAGAUCCCUUCUGCAGGUUCCUGAAGAUCAGUUCAGAGAACUUGAAACUUCACAAAACAAAUUUGACAAAGCUCAGCUUGAACAAGAGAGACUUGUGUUUGAAAAGAUCAGAAAACUGGAGAUGGUAGCAGUAUUAGCCAGAAGAAAACAGCUCCCUGAGGGGUUUGAACUCUGCAUGUGUGAAGCUGUUCAUGAUGUUUUAUUUGACACAAAAAAUCACCACAUGUAUUUUAAAUAUCUGAGGAUGUUAGAAAGAUCAGAUGUAGAUCUUCUUAUAGACAUUGUGCAAUCCUUUGGUUCGGUUUUGGAGGGGAUGGAUGUUACCCGUGUUGGGUCCGAUACCACACAGUCAGCCAUUAAGCUGGGUUUUGCACUGAUGGAUUUUCUGGGUAAGUAUGGCUAUUUCCAGCAGGCAGAGGGAAUAAUGACCAUUCUCCUGGCCGUUCUCAACCUCUCCCACAAUGUCGACUCCUGGAUCACCAAAUACAAGGGAUUUGUCAAGCUGAUGCAUUUCAGAAACAUGAACUAUGACUUUAGGAAGGUUCAGAAUGCAUAUGGAUUGGUGACUGAGAUGGAAUGGCAGAUUUCUAUGAUGUCAUUUGGUCAGGAUGUCCUGGAUAAGACUCCAUUUUAUGUAGAGAUGUCGACGCUGAUGCUAGAGUAUGGAUCUGCCACUUCAUCCUUUGGUUGGGCACAAAAAGCCAGCAAGAGCAUGAAUCAGGAAUGCCCUGCUGAUGUGGUGAAUGCACUAUGUGCAGGGGUGAUGGCAUACUGCGCUCGAUGGAACAUAAAGAGGGCAGAAACUUUGGCCAUUCAAGCUGUGCAACAAGCUAGGCAUCACUUUGGGACGAGCCAUCCUUUGUACGUUAAGGCCCUGCUUCACUUCUGUCACUUCUCCAGUGAAUUCAAACAAGACAGACAGGGACUCGAGAUUGCCAAGUAUACACUUAGGACUGCCCAGAAAACCUAUGGCUGUGAGAUCAUAGAUGUGGCCUUGGCCCACCGGGCAGUAUGUAAGGCCCUGCUGGUCAUUCAGGACUUUGAGGACCUGGCUUAUUAUCACCACGCUACUGAGGCCCUAAGGAUUGCCCGGGCUCAGCUCCCUGAUCAGUACCACGGAAUGAUGGCUAUGUUCCUUCACACCUCAGCCUCAGCUCUCCAGUGGAAAGCACUUCACACAUCAAAGGAGGCCCAGGAACUGACCCUGAAACAAGCAGAAAUUGAGGCCAAACAGGCACUGCUUAUUGCAUCAUCCACUUACGGAGAAAUCAGCCUCCGGACCGCUCAGAUGUGUCUGCUGCUGGGGCAGGUCUACUCCAAAAUGGACCAAACUCAGCAGGCAGAGGAGAUGCUGAAGAGAAGUGUUCUGUACAUGAAACUUUGUCAGCCAGAGAAUAGCUACUUCUUAAUGUUAGCUAAUGCCACUCUGGGCACCUUCUAUAAGAUCAUGGAUAAACCAAGGGAGGCUAUCCAUUUCCUGCAGCAAGUAGUGAAUGCACCAGAUUGUGGGGUCUAUCUGAAGUGGGUCCAUGUCUGCUUUGACACACUGAUUGCAACUUUACAAUCACUGAACCGUAACAAGGAGAGUGACCAGUGUCAGAUUCAUUUGUCUAAGUGGCUCCGUGACAACCCAAAAUACGACACCAUGGUCACGCUCCAACAACUGCAGGAGGAGCCACCUACCAUAGAAAAGUUCAAGGACGAGUUUAAUGUGUGGGAGAAGAAGGGAAAAGCCAUUAUGAGUAUGCUGAAGAAAGCCAAAGAUUAACUUGAUCAAACUGCCAAGGGGAGAUAAUUAAACUGUAAAUGAACAAAUGUUACAGAAGUAUAAAUAAAAUCAUAUUUUUUUGGGUCUUUAUGAAUACAUUUUUCAUAUUUCAAAUAUGAAAUCAAUGAUCUUAAUUUAGUUAAUGUUUAUUAGGGACACAAAGAGAUUACUAGAAUGUUAAGAAUUCAGUUUCUUACCCUUUGAUAAGAAUGUUCAGUUCCUGUACCUGUACCUGUUAAUCUGAUUUUAUAAGAACAAUGGAUAUAGCAAUAUUAAAUGUCUGUAUGUACACAGGAAGUUGUUGAUUACAUAGGGCUACUAAAAUUUUGUUAUCCUUGGUUUGUUACUUUUAAUAAUAGCCUAAUCUGUCUAUCAUGAGAGAAAUCGAUUUUUUCCCCAUGAAUUUAAUGUUCAGUAUUUUAAAGUCCUAGUUAUUAGUGAAACAUGAAUCAUUAUGAAAAAAAUGUUAUUUCAAAGAGCUAAAUGUGAUACCAUUUUGCCCAUUCAUUAUUUGUUAUGUACAGUUUUUACAAACUUGUAUCAUAUUGUAAUGCACUUUGUACUAUGCUCAACU